AUGCGCGAACAGUUUGGCGUUCGAGGCAAUGGCUUUACGGAUGGCCUGGCGUCUUUGUUCUGCAGUCCCUGCACACUUGGACAGAUGGAACGCGAGACAAAACAUCGGAAAGGACAUCCUCGCCCUACGCAAAGCAUAGUCACAACUCCAUAUGGGCGAGAUACCUCAUCAAUGGGUUCUGCCGUGCCGACUGCCCGGGGCUCAGAGGCUCAUGAAGCACCAUAUGUCGCUCCUGCUGCCGCCAUGGCCUACACUCCUGCCAACCAUCCUGCUGCUGCUCCAGCACCCGUUGCUGAUUCAGCACUUGCGAAGCACCCGACAGCAGCUCCAGUUCCAGCCGACCUGACGCAUAAGGAGAAAGUUGCGCCUCCGCCUGUCGUCGAGGCCAGUGAUCCAGCAAAGGCUGCCUCGACGCAUCCAGUAGAUGCAGCUCCACCGAUCGAUGCAAACGCUCCUGUGAAGCCACCAUCACCUCAUGUUGAGAAGGUUGAGGUGGUUCCUGUUGCGCAGUAA